AUGGACAUUACAGACACUUCCUUUGAGGAAAUCGAACCAUCAUUUCUACGAGAGAACAAUCGUACUGACCCUUUCUCCCAAGAUAACUUGCCUAAAAAGAAUAAUAUUAAUAAAAUAAGACCAGAAGUACUUCAAUCGCGACCACACACUUUACACGGUCUUCUGGCAGCACCAUUAUCAACCGCAAGCUCAGGCAAGACUGCAUUUUCAGAUGAUAUAAAAACUCAACCUUCCUGGUUAGAUGAUACCGAAUCUCGAGAUAGUAAUCAAGAUUUCGACCAGGCUGAGAGCGAUGAUGAAUUUUUAGAUGACUUUGAGGAAUUUCAAAAUAAGAAGACUAAUUUCGAUGAAGCAAUAAAGACCCGAUUCGGAACAUAUCGAAAACACACCCCUGACAAUUUACAUCACUUAAGUGAAGAAUUUAAUAAUUACUUACAUUUUGGAUCAACCAAUAGACCUCAAGAAAGUCGACGUGUAGGUAAUGCAUUGAGACAACCAAAAUCUAUGAUGGAUUUGAAACCAAGAAUAGGUUUCCAAUAUGAUGGUAUGAACGGUAAUCCAAGAAGUUCAAGACUGAAAAAUAGCAUGUCAUAUGGAAACUUACGUAGUUCAUCAAGAAACCCAACAUCUGUAAGGUUUAAAAAAUCAAUGCCAAAUAUGGCUGCCAAAAUUAUAGAAGAAGAUCAGGAGUCGGAUAGGGAGAAUAAUGAUUCAGUAUUGAAGAGAAAUAACCCAUCUGACUAUUACUUAAGCAAAUUUGGAGAGGAUCGAAACAAUUCUGAUGACCAAGAUUUUAUAUUUGAGUCCAGCAUGAUUCAACCCAGCUUUGUUCCAAAGCAUAUUGGAGGAAACUUACCCAUAAAAUUAUCCCCGUCCAUCUACAAUAUCGAGCAACAUAAUAACCUCCUGACCCCUCAAUUACAUAAAAGAACAAGUAAAAAUCGUUCUACUUAUGAUCAAUUGGAAAAUUUCAGAGAGAAUAGUACAUCCAACAGUUCUCGUAUACCUUCAGGGAACCUAAAUUUGAAUCAACGAGCCGCUACAUAUAGAAUGAGAACAAUUAAACAACAAAUCGAUCACAAUACCCCAGUGAAGAAAGGAAAUAUGUAUUACAACCCCCAAAGUAUGAAAUGGGAAGGUAACGAACAUAUUUUGAAAAAAUUUGACGAAAUAGACUCUAGCUCAACAAAUCCGUUAUUAAUAAAAAAGAAUAAGGCUGAUCUAGAAAAAAUUGAAAAUACAAAGAUUAGAAGCAAAUCAUCUAGACCUCCUGAAGUAGUUGGAGAUAUGAUGUUUGAUGAAAAAAAUCUUAGAUGGGUAAGUAUCCAUGAAGAACCACCAGAUCCAUUUGCUGGUAUAGAUGAUAUUGUUCAAGAACAAGACAAAGACACCCCUAAAUCUCCAUUCCUAAGGUCGAAAAGUCAAACAAAAUCUGAAAUGCUGUCUAGGUCUCUAUCUGUGAAUCCAAAUCUUAGGAAAUAUCACUCAUUUGGUGGUAUCGGUGACAAAUAUAAAACUAACUCCAACUAUGUCUCAGACAGCUAUAAUAAUACAUCGGAUAAACUUGCAUCUACAUUUACUAUAAGUUCAAAACUGCUCGAACAUUGUUAUCACGAAGAGAAUAGAUGGAAUAAGAGGGUAGGUGGAUGGUUCUUGCUGAAUAAUAAAUAUAAUACUUGUGGCAAUGAAGGUGAUGACCACCUCAACAACACAUCAGUCGCAUCUUUGGAUACUAAUGACUAUAUGUAUGAAAUAAGGAAGAUGGUAUUAAGCUCUACUAAUAAUUGA